AUGUCUGGAAGAGGAAAAGGCGGUAAAGGGCUGGGAAAAGGAGGCGCUAAGCGUCACCGAAAGGUUCUUCGCGAUAAUAUCCAGGGAAUCACUAAACCCGCUAUUCGUCGUCUUGCUCGCCGUGGCGGAGUCAAGCGUAUUUCUGGCCUGAUCUAUGAAGAGACUCGCGGUGUGUUGAAGGUGUUUCUGGAGAACGUCAUUCGUGAUGCUGUUACCUACACUGAACACGCCAAAAGAAAGACCGUCACCGCCAUGGAUGUUGUGUACGCUCUGAAACGACAGGGACGCACCCUGUACGGAUUCGGAGGUUAAGUGACUCAC